AGAGAACAGCAGGGGGAGCGGCAGGCAGAGGGAGAGGGAGAAGCAGGCUCCCCACUGAGCGGGGAGCCCGAUGUGGGGCUCGAUCCCAGGACCCUGGGAUCAUGACCUGAGCCGAAGACAGAUGCUUAACGACUGAAACACCCAGGUGCCUCUGGCCUCUGGUUUAAAUCACUGCUACUCAAAGUGGACUCUGUGGACAAGAGCUAUCAACGUCAUCUAUAUGCUUGUUAGAAAUGCGGAUUCUCGUUCUGCACCCUAGACUCACUGGAUCAGAAUCUCUGGGGAUGGGGCCCAGGAAUCUGCAUGUUUACUAGCUGGCAAGGUGAUUCUGAUGCCCACUAAAGCUUGAGAGCCCCUAGUUUAAAUAACAUGGUACUUCUCUUCUUGAAAAGCUUUGUAGAAGUCAGUCGUGAAACCACCUCAUGCAUUUAGAUCUUUAACCACUUUUUCUGUCUCUUCUAUGGCAUUUGAUUUAUUCAAGCUUUCCACUUCAUGGGUCAUUUUUGGGAAUUCACAUUUUGCUAGAAAAUGAUCUGUUUCCUCUUGGCUUCAGAUUUGUUGCUGAUGGUGGUUUUAAAGCAAUUCUGUGAAACUUUUGACAUUCCUAUUAAGACAUGGAUUUCUGUUCACUCCCCUUGGAUCUAGACAGGCUUAUGACCGUUUCAUCCAGUAGAGUUCUGGCUGAAGCAAUGCCAUGCAACUUCCAAGGCUGGUUCAGACAAGACGGUGCAGCUUUCACCCAGUUCUUAGAGGGUGGGGGGGAAGUUGACUGACUCGGUCUCCGCCCUGGGGGCGUGGCCACGUGUAAGCUCCCAGCUGUCAGCGAGCACAGUCAAGUGAGCCAUCUUGGACACACAGUCUAAUUGAACCCUCAGAUGGCGGCCACCCUGCUGGCAUCUCAGUGAAGUCACAUGAAAGACGUUCCCCCAGAUGAGCCUUUCCUCACUUGCUGACUGAUAGAAUCUGUGAGCACAGUCCCUGCUGUUUUAAGCCACUAAGUUUGGGGGUGGUUGUUAUGCCACCAUUGUGCCUGGGAAAGUUACCCUAGACUUGCAAAGGGAAGAUCUUCCAUUUUUCCAACAUCUAUAAUAAGGACCUAUUUCUCUACUACAAGAAAACAAAAUUACAACUGUUUUCUCCAGCAGGACCUUCCCUUCUUCCCUUACCACUCUCAUGUGUGAAUGUAAGUGUAGUGCAUCAUUCCUCUAAGGACCUCGCCAACUGGAAGUUACACUUUUCACCAUCAGCAUACCUUAUCCCCUUUGGUCUGGUUCUUUUCCUCAAAGAGUAGAAACUUCUUUCAAGUUGCUUUUGUUGCAGAGUUAAGCAAAUGGCCAAUAGUGGCUUUGAUAAAAAAUCCACAAAAUGUUCCAACUGUUCAUCUACUUCUAAGAAAGGUGCAUUUAUUGUAUGUGCCUGUAAAACAAGGCUUUCUCCAAUUUCUGUGGUGGAAAUGUCCCAAGCAUCAAGCAUUGGCAGCUCAGAAUUUAUGGUUUCACCAGAGAGGAAAAAAGAAAACCAAACCAGCAUGGAUAGUUCCUCUGGGAAAGAUAUGCCCUCAAAAACCUCAAACGUGGAGAGAAAAACAUCUCAGCAACAGUGGAGUCGGGGCAACAUUACAGAAGGAAAGGUUCCUCACAUAAGGAUGGACAAUGGAGCUGCUAUUCAGGAAUUCUAUACCUUUGGAAAAAUACUGGGACAAGGGAGUUUUGGAAUGGUCAUUGAAGCCACAGACAAGGAAACAGAAACUAAGUGGGCGAUUAAAAAAGUGAACAAAGACAAGGCUGGAAGCUCUGCUGUGAAGUUACUCGAACGGGAGGUGAACAUCCUAAAAAGUGUGAAACAUGAACACAUCAUACAUCUGGAACAAGUGUUUGAGACGCCUAAGAAAAUGUACCUGGUGAUGGAGCUUUGUGAGGAUGGAGAACUCAAAGAAAUUCUGGAUAGGAAAGGGCAUUUCUCUGAGAAUGAGACAAGGUGGAUUAUUCAAAGUCUCGCAUCUGCUAUAGCCUAUCUUCACAAUAAGGAUAUAGUACAUAGAGAUCUAAAACUGGAAAACAUAAUGGUUAAAAGCAGCUUUAUUGAUGAUAACAAUGAAAUGAACUUAAACAUAAAGGUGACUGAUUUUGGCUUAGCAGUGAAGAAGCAUGGAAGGAGUGAAGCCAUGCUGCAGACCACAUGUGGGACUCCUAUCUAUAUGGCCCCUGAAGUUAUCAAUGCCCACGACUAUAGCCAGCAGUGUGACAUUUGGAGCAUAGGUGUCAUAAUGUACCUUCUAUUAUGUGGAGAACCACCGUUUUUGGCAAGCUCAGAAGAGAAGCUUUUUGAGCUAAUAAGAAAGGGAGAACUACAUUUUGAAGAUCCAGUCUGGGAGUCCAUAAGUGAUUGUGCUAAAAGUGUUUUGAAACAGCUUAUGAAAGUAGAUCCUGCUCACAGAAUCACAGCUAAGGAACUACUAGAUAACCAGUGGAUAACAGGCAAUAUGCUUUCUUCAGCAAGACCAACCAAUGUGUUAGAAAUGAUGAAGGAAUGGAAAAAUAAUCCAGAAAGUGAUGAGGAAAAUACAACAGAUCAAAAGGACAACUGGUCCAUUCAAGAGAAGUUGAAAGAUUACCAACCCGGCAGCCCCAGUGGAAAUGUCCAGGAUAUCAGUAGCACUUCAGAUGAAGAGGAGGAGAAACAGUCCACGGCUUAUGUAAAGAAAUUCCCUGUGACCCGCAAGAAGGAGAACGCGGACACCUUGGGCACGAAGUGUGCAAGUUCCACAUCUAGCAGACACCUUCCAGGUGGCUUCAGGGCAGGGCCAGAGAAAUCCCCCAUGACUUCGAGCCAAGGGACAGCAACCAAGUACACGGCCAAAUCCAAUGCCAUGCCUGGAACCAAAAGGAAACUCUAAGUGUCCUUCACUGAUGCACGGUACAAACACAGAGCUGCUCCUGCUGGCGCUAAGACGAGGCGAUGGAGGGGGGGGGCCAGGACCAGGAGGAGCCUUUAGCCACUUAGCCCUGCUGAGCCCUGCCAUGCGUUUGCACCGGCUGCACCGCCAAGGCGAGCCGGUCCCCGGCAGCCCGCGGUUAAAGGCCAACGGCCACCCGGCUCCAUGGCGGGCUGUGGCCGCAACCAACCCAAGGGGUUUCGAGAGUUGUUUAGAGGGUACAGGCCCUCAAAGCAAGGCGGUGGGCAUGCUUGCUCAGUUUUCCUUCAGAUUCUCAUAUUUAGGCACAAUGAUUUGUAGGAGAAAAUGAGAGCCGGAUAUGGCAGUGGAGGUUCCGAAUCAUUAUGUGCACUUGGCACUGGAAGAUUUUGUUAGGAAAUCACUAAUAAACUUGCCAGAGGCAUAACAGCAGAAGCGCUUCAGCCAUUCACAUGUGUUCUUGUGAUUUUAGGUUGCUAUAGAGUAUUUAAGACAACUUAUUUUACAUGUAGAAAAAUAGAUUUUGUAGCUGCUUGCCAUUAACUUGCUGCUAAAUUCCCAAUAUAUUGAUUGAAUCAAUAAAAAACAGAUGUUA